GCCUGGCCUGCCGGCCAGCCGCGCUUAGCCUGUUCAGCCGGUGGCUGAUUGUUCCUUUCAGCGUUCACAGAGCAGCCCGGAAAGGGUCCACCCAUCCGUCAACCUCCAAGUUCCACCCGAUCUUGAGCCCGGAUCCAGUCGCGGGACUGACCCUUACCUCGAAAACGGUUGCGGGCGGCCUAAGUUGCAAAGCGGCCGAGUCGCCGUGAUUGGGCUAUCCCUGGAAUGCAAGCGGCCACCGCCACGGAGGCCGGACCCCUGGAUCUGGACCGGCCCUCCACCUCGAGUGGCGUCCAUCCUCACGCCCAUGCCACACCGGACCGACCAGCGGUUCUACCCCACUCACCUGUGAUACCCACCCCUCAACUUCCAGCGCCACCUCCAGCCAAGCCACGGCCGGCCCGCAUCGUUCGCCUGGCGAUCCCCAACCCGGACCCAGCACCUCGGCCGCUGAAUUCGACCUGGAAGUCUUCGACAGCGGCUCGUCGUGUUCUUUGGAGGAGUGCUGGGCCGUAGUCGGGUCGGCCAACGAACGGAAAAAAUAUCACCAUUCGAAAAGCGGUGGUCUAGCCAGUGGGCCCAAAUCCCGGGUCAAAAAUCCCCUGAUUUCCCGGGCCAGCGCCACUGGGCCCCCACUCAGCACGCAGGUCAUCUGUCAGAUCGAGGAAGAAGAGGGCAGUGACGGCUCGGAUAUCCACCCGCCGCCUUUUGUCCCACCCGUUUUCUCACACUCCAGCUCGAUCGACGAUGAGAGCGGUCCCCCGGAUUUGGCGCCCGGACUAGCCUCCGCUCAGGUGCCAGAAUCGGCCUGUCCCUCUGAAACCGACGGCGAAGACGAGGACGAGGGCUGUCUGUGCGCGGCCUCGUGUAUCAGCCUCACGGCCGAAGCGGCGCGGGUCAGCCAGACCGUUCAACCACCCAGCCAUAUGGAGGAUCGCCUGCAGGUGGUUGACCGAUGGGAGUGUGGCAGUGGCGAUGAACGCGACCCUCCUUCCACUUCCGGCAGCCAGCCCGAUCCCACCUCCCCCCCCGCCGGAGCCGGUCCCUCGGUAGCCAGCGCGCCCUCCGAGUCGGCCUCCACCUCUCAGUUGGUGGCCUCGCCCGAGAAUAUCGAUGCCAUUGUCCAAGAUCAUGAUACAUUUGGAACGGACGAGAACGAAGACUCCCUGGACUCCAUGUCCACCUCCAUGGAUGACCUCAUGACCCAAUCGACGGCCGAUUCCUCAUUCGCUCAACAACAAUCGCGGGGUGGGCCGGAGGGCCCAUCCGCUGCCGCCUCCUCCUCCUCCUCCUCGUCCUCGCUCUCGCGUACCUUGUCUGUGGUGGAGACCGCCGAGACCCUGUCAGAAGUGAUCGAGCUCGAGAGCUGUCAUCCCAUCAAGCGCAAAUCUUCGCGAUCCGGGUACGAAGGGCCUGAUGAUGAGACUCAGGAAGGUCUGUCUCGGAUCAAGAAACAGUGUGUCGCUCGAGAAUCUCACCCGGCUCUGGAUGACGAAGAGACCAUGCCGGGAAACGAGGACAGUUGUCCCACGGGCGCUUCUGAACCGCGCUCCAUUGCCUUGGUUGAGAUUACAUCCUAUCCGGCUGGUCCGAAUGAGCGGAGCAAACUCAUUCCCGACAAGGCCAACCCACCCAGCGAGAUAUUGAAUUGGGUGGACACGUUUGGCGGGUGGUCUCACGCUGAACGACUUCUAGCUAUUGAUCAGCUCAUAAGUGCGUGCCAACCCACCCAAGUUCGACACAUGUUGGCCGUGAUCGAGCCCCAGUUCCAACGAGAUUUCAUUUUCCUUCUUCCGAAAGAGUUGUCCUUGUAUGUUUUGUCCUUCCUCUCGCCGCGUGACCUUUUACGGGCAGCUCAAACCUGCCGGUAUUGGCGGAUUCUGUGCGAGGACAACCUCCUUUGGCGGGAGAAAUUCCGCGAAGCCGGCCUCAUGGACCAUGAUUUCAAAGAGACGAUGCGAGCUCGAGCCAGGCGAGCUAGUUCCACCGUAUACAAUUUCCCCUACUCUCCAUGGAAGUCGAGUUUCAUGCGGCAACAUAAAAUAGAAAUGAAUUGGCGGGUGCGCCCAGUGAGGCAGCCGAAGGUGCUCAAAGGCCACGAUGACCAUGUGAUAACGUGUCUUCAAUUCAGCGACAAUCGCAUUGUCUCAGGUUCUGAUGACAACACUUUAAAGGUGUGGUCGGCUGUGAACGGAAAGUGUCUCAGAACAUUGGUGGGACAUACGGGUGGGGUUUGGUCCUCACAAAUGGAAGGAGGCACUAUCGUGAGUGGAAGCACGGAUCGAACGCUCAAAGUCUGGAACGCUGAGACCGGCGCUUGUGUCCAUACCCUCUACGGACAUACCUCCACCGUCAGAUGCAUGCACCUACAUAAAAAUCGAGUGGUCUCCGGAUCCCGCGAUGCGACGCUCCGAAUCUGGGACAUCCAGACGAGCGAGUGUCUCCACGUGCUCACAGGGCACGUGGCUGCUGUGAGAUGUGUUCAGUACAAUGGUCGAUUGGUGGUAUCUGGGGCCUACGACUACCUCGUCAAGGUGUGGAACCCUGACACUGAGGAGUGUCUGCACACUCUCUCCGGACACACCAAUCGGGUGUACUCGCUGCAAUUCGAUGGGAUCCACGUGGUCUCCGGUUCACUGGACACGUCGAUUCGCGUGUGGGACGUGGAGACGGGAGCGUGCAAACACGCCCUAAUGGGUCAUCAAUCUCUCACAUCAGGCAUGGAGCUCAGGAAUAAUAUCCUGGUGUCGGGGAAUGCGGAUUCCACCGUCAAGGUCUGGGAUAUUACCUCGGGCCAAUGUUUGCAGACGCUGUCAGGUCCCAACAAGCACCAAUCAGCUGUCACUUGCCUUCAAUUUAACUCAAAGUUUGUCAUCACCUCUUCGGAUGACGGGACUGUGAAGCUCUGGGACGUAAAGACUGGAGACUUCAUCAGGGACCUAGUGGCUUUAGAGAGCGGUGGAAGUGGCGGCGUGGUUUGGCGGAUCCGCGCCAAUUCCACCAAGUUGGUGUGUGCUGUUGGUUCGCGCAAUGGGACGGAAGAGACGAAACUGAUGGUCUUGGACUUUGAGGCCAAUGAGGCUAAUGCUAUCAAGCAAUAAGAAACCCACCCGCAGAAAUACAUUCAGACCUUAGCGACACAAGCGACCAGGUUACUCAUAUCACUUUGACUUUGACGACGACUGAAACGGCGACCCCCCAUACGACGACGACCACGACGAUGACCAUAACAUCUACUUAGGAAAUGAAUAUUAUUGAUGCCCGUGCUCUCUUUUUAGAACUCAAAUGCUACCUACUACUACUGCUACUACUACUAUGCUGUUAUUGACGGCAAAUAUGUUUCUUGUUGAAGAUGUUUGUAAAGAAUGUUCCCCAUCAUUUAUGAUCCUGAUGUCAAAAAACAAAGGAAAAAGAUUGUCAUUCUCCUGACCUGAUAUGAACUCCAGAAGAAGAAAAAUCAAGCAUCCCAGUUCUUUCAAUAGAUUUGCUCUUGAAAUGAGAGCUUCACAUAUUGUCCUAUUCCUUCUGUCUUGAAAUCCAUCAUUACCAUCGCCACCAAUACCACAACCACUGCAUCUCUUGCAACUUUUGCUCUUACCCCUACAACUUUUAUGACUGUUGCUAUUAACAUUGCUGCUGAAAUUACUUCUUUUAGCCAGAGCCACCAAUCAUAUUAAAAUGUGUAGAUAUCACCAAUUCAUGGCCAUCACUGUCUAUGCGGGACAACCUUAACGUCACGACAUGGGCGUCAUUGAUAUUUCCUCUGUCUAAGCCCCCACCCCCGCCGCCCAUAUUCUGGCUAAAACAUGCGAAAUAAUAAUUGUUCAGAACCCACCCUCGAGGAUGGUGAUGAAGCCUCCAGGGUGCUUUAGAAGUACAAACAAAAACAUAACUUUAUUAUCAAAGCCUCCCGCCCCUUUACGUCUCCAAGCCCAUUGCUUGAAUUGGGUCGAGUUUUCUUCCGCCCUUUUUCAGGCUUGAUUCUGCGCCACAGCUUCUUGUUUCAUCUUCAUCCAGAGGGUCGGGGUCACCUCCGUCGUGGUCUCCGAACAUCUCGCUCAUUUUCUCCUGAGUCUCCGUUUAGAAUCAAUCGUCUCUAUGCUCCUGCUAUUCUUAAAGACGGGGUUUCGUGAGAGAAAAAUAAAAACAUGCCAACUUAA